CGAAUAUGUAUGGAAUUUUAGUGCACAUUUUAUCUUUUAUUUACAUAUCUUCUGAUAUACCACCAAUAAAUGCAUCAUUCUUGCUUCUUCAUUCUUGGGACCAUCGCUCUGUCAAUAAUUUUAUAGAUUCAUCAAUUUACGUUAUACCACCAAAUUUACCAGAAAGAUUCUAUACAGAAUUUACUCUUUUUUAUACACCAAGGGAUGACGAUCAAAUGCCUUUACCACCGUGGCCACAGAACUAUCCACCUCAGCUACCAUACGCUGUUGGACGUGGCAGAACAUGGUAUGCCUUGGACUUAAACAUCGCAAUAGAAUAUUAUCAAGAUUACUGUGUACCUAUUUUUGAGCCAUCAAGUUAUUUCCCUUGUAUGAUAUUUAACUAUAAUCAAACUGCUUAUCUAAUGGCGCCAACUGAUUCAGGCUAUGGACCAUGUUGUGUAUAUCGUAAACCAUGGGGUGUACCACAUCAAAACUUUAUGCAAACUUUUACACACUACUACAGUGGUACAACGGAAAGGCUUGGCUCCGGCGUUUUAAAUCAAACUAUUCAGUGGUGGGUUAUACCGAAAGAUGAUGACUAUCAAAAUGAAUUUGUGAAACAGAAAAAUAUCUCUAGAAGAAACAAUCAUCCAGUCUUCGGCGGCUAUGGGUGGACUUUUGAGAAAUCGAAAAAGCGUACACCAGUCUGCUUUUGGUAUGAAGGAAAUACUGGUUGGGCUCAACAAUUAUUCUUUAAUUUUGUUGAUAAUGGACCAAGGAUUCAUGAUGUUGAAAACUUUCAACUACCAGAAAUAUGUAAAACUGAAAUUACUUGUAUUUAUAGACCGUAA